UCUCAUAGUCGGCAAGAGAGUCCCCCGCAUCAUGCAAGGGAACUUGCGCCUAGUGGUUACCCUAGCGGUAAUCAUUCUGGUGUCUUCGGUGUCUGGGAAGGCGAUACCAAAAGAUCAACAACCAGAGCAGCAACUUAACCAAAACCAUAAGAAUGUCGCGCAAAAUCGAGCUGGUUACGAGUAUCCAGCACCAAGUGACAGUUUAGAAGCACACGAUGAUCUACAUCCCCCCGAGCCGGAGGUUGCGCAUGAUCACGAACAUCACAUAGAGGAACAUAUUCCAGAUGAACAUCACGAUCACCACGACCACCAGGAUCCGGGCUACUGGAAAAAGAAAUUAAUUUGGAAAGAGGGCGUUAAAAAAAUUUGGAAAAACUCUAAGGAGCUCGCUUACAAGCCAGGAUGGAAAAAAAUUUAUAAACCUGUUUGGCAUGACAUUAAAGUACCCGUUUGGAAGGAAACAAAAGUGGUCGAUUACAAGAAAAUUUAUAAGCCAGAAUGGAAGCCUAUUAAAGUAAAAGUUUUAAAGGAUAUAAAAGUCCCUGAUUACCGGAAAGUGACGGUACCAGUUUGGAAGGACAUUUUUGUGCCAGGGUGGAAGGAUAUUCAGGUUCCCGCGUAUAAAAAGCUUUGGAAGCCCAAAUGGGUUAAGGUGGGUGUACCUGGCGAAAAAUACUUAGGCAAAGAUCACGAUGGCUGGGAGUACACUUCACAUGACCUUUGGAAGAAGCGGCUGGUCUGGGAAGCUUAUUGGCAAAAGUACUUUAAACCAUCCAAAACCAAAAUUUGGAUUCCAGACAAGAAGCUGGUAUGGAAUGAUAAAUGGGUCAAAAUCUGGCGCCCUGCCACCAAAGAGAUCUGGAUUGAUGAUAAGAAACUUGUUUGGAAGGAGGCUUGGCAAAAGUACUGGAAGCCAUCGAAAAAGCUGGUCUACGUGUGGGACAAAAAAUUGGAGUGGCAAGAGUCCUACAAGCAGAUAUUUAUACCGUACUGGAAGGAUAUCGUUGUUCCUGGAAUCAAGAAAAUUUGGAAGCCCGUCUGGAUUUCAGAGUGGUUCCCUUCGCCCGAUCACCACGACCACCAUCAUGACCACGAAUCUCACGGUUGGGAUCGAAAGGAUGUCUCAUCCGGAAACGAAGUAACUGGUACACCAGUCACUACAACGCCAUCACCUAUUUCAACUUUGUGGAAAUUUCCAAAAUAAUUUUGUAUAUGCUAUAAUUGCAUUAUAAUUAGCUAGUGGAUAUUUGCCAUACUGGAGGUAGGUUCUGAAGUCGGGAGCCAAUACAUCACGCGUCGCAAAUAGGUAACUAAUUUAUCGUCUGUAUUUAUUUGCGUGGCGAACUGUAUGUUAUGCAAUGCGAUGUUCUUGCGGUGCCAAAAAAUAGAUAUAAAAACCAAAAGCUCGAGGGCCCAACGAUAUAUUAUAUGCGCAAGUUUUAAUUCAACUUCGUGUUACUUAUAAGACUUUUGUUCAUAGGACAACCAUACAUUAAUUAUUUAAAAUAACUUAAUCAUAUUAAAAAGUUUUAAUCGAUUUUGAAGAUGUCAUUCUCAGGUAUUGUUUAAGUUAUUACACUGAAUAAGCCGCCUAUUAGGCGCGUCCACACAGAGCGAGCAGCCUCGCCGGGCAUUUAUUGUGUGGACGCGCCUAUUGACGAACGCUUUGAGAUUUCAAACUUGAAUUUGUGCCUCUGUUUUUGUUGUUGAUUUAUUAUUAAGUUUAGUUUUAAAGUUAUUAAGCGAAACCAAAAUAGAUGUUAUAUGUUUAAUAAAUGUUCCGUUUCGAA